AUGUCGGCACAUUACGUCAUGCAGCCCUCUUACGGCAGCGCUCCUCCGCCCUCCUUUCCCCAGUACCCCAGCGGCAUUCCUGGGACCUCUCAGAUCUACAACCUCCCGCCCUCGCAAUCGACUCCCGUCCCGAUGAUGCCGCCCAACGGCACGCAAAUGAUGCCCAACGGGUCUCAGGUCAUGCCAGCCCCGCCCCCCAUCAGCGCUCCCAUCAUCUACAUCGACCCGGAGCCAACGGCCGAGCUCUUCAAGGAACAACCAGUUGUGUACAACCUCUAG